GCUUGCCAAUAUGAAGUUUCAAGCCUUUCUUGUGCAUAAAGAUAACGUUCCAGUGGUUUCGUAUUGACUAUCAUGUCUCACAGUUUUUUCUUGAAGCAUUGGAGGAACUCCGAAAGUUACUGAAGAAACAUUAUACACAUCAACAAAAGAGAGAUGUUGAUUAUUUGACAGAUUACGGUUGAUUUUUCUAUUGUCUAGAUUCAAAGUGGGAAGAUCAUAUAUUCUUUCUGGGCACGCCUCAGCCAAGAAGUAUUCCACAUCAAGUUCUCUAUUCUCUUUGACGAUUCAAAACUGGAGUAGUUAAGGAGAGAAGCAUAGAGAUUAGCCAGUGCUUUGUGCUUCCCACUUCGCUUCAAAGUUUAAAGUCUCUCUGCCAAGUAACCCUGGAAUUGUCGUCGCAGGUGAACGCGCCAGAAAUCUAUUUGCACUUCAUCUACUCUUACAAACAUUUGAGGUUUGCUCCGAUCUCUAUCCCGAGCUGAGCUAAUCACCAAAAUGAGAGAAACGACAUCUGGUUCAAGAGACCGUUGGCCAUUAAGCUCCGUGAUCAUCCUCGCGACGACGCUGGUAUUUAUCGCUUUUCUCGUGAAGUUAAUUUCCGAGACGAAGAAGAGAAGAAGCGGAAGAGGAGGCAGCAGUGGCGGGUACAAGUUGCCACCGGGGAGUAAAGGGUGGCCGCUGGUCGGGGACACCUUUGCCUGGUUUGGUGCAGUGGCGAGUUCACACCCGCCUCGUUUCGUCAAGCAACAAGCCAAAAGGUAUGGGAAGAUAUUCUCGUGCAGCCUGCUGGGGAAGCAGGCGGUGGUGUCGGUGGACCCAGCAUUCAACCGGUUCGUGAUGCAGAACGAGGGUAAGCUCUUCCAAUCGAGCUACCCGAAGUCGUUCCGGGACUUGGUGGGAAAGAACGGAGUGAUCACCGCCCAAGGAGAGCAGCAGAGGAAGCUCCACGGCAUCGCCUCCAACAUGAUGCGCCUGGAGAAGCUCAAGUGCCACUUCCUGGAGGACAUUCAGCUUGUCAUGCUUCGGAGCAUCUGCGAUUUUCCGGACAAUCAAGUCAUCGUCCUACAAGAUGUUUGUAGAAAGGUGGCAAUAAAUCUGAUGGUGAAUCAACUGCUGGGGAUGACCAGCGAGUUGGACAUCGACAACAUGGCUCGGCACUUCUCUGACUUUGUCGAUGGUUGUCUCUCUCUUCCCAUCAACUUGCCCGGCUUUGCCUACCACACUGCCAUGAAGGCUAGGAAUAACAUAGUGAGCAAGAUAAACGAGACGAUUGCGAAGAUUAGGAGACUGCAAGGCUCGGCAGAGGUGGGCAAUGGCGUGCUCGGAAGACUGCUCAGUGAAGAGAGCCUUCCCGACGAAGCCAUCGCCGACUUCAUCAUCAAUCUGAUCUUUGCUGGGAACGAGACCACUGCGAAAACCAUGCUUUUCGCCAUCUACUUCCUCACUAAGUGCCCCAGAGCUUUGAAGGAACUCCGGGAAGAGCAAGAGGGUUUACGGGGGCACAAUGCAGCUGAAGCUGAGAUGCUCACAUGGCAGGACUACAAAGCAAUGCCCUUCACACAAUGUGUGAUAGACGAGACACUGCGACUUGGGGGGAUUGCAAUCUGGUUGAUGAGGGAAGCCAAGGUGGACGUUGCGUAUCAAGACUAUGUCAUCCCCAAAGGAUGCUUUGUCGUCCCAUUUCUUUCAGCCGUGCAUCUGGAUGAGGACUUGUACCCAGGAGCUCUCGACUUCAAUCCGUGGAGAUGGUUGAACCCCGAUAAUCAGGAAAAGAGAAAUUGGAGGAAUAGUCCAUUCUAUGCACCGUUUGGUGGAGGUGCUCGAUUCUGUCCAGGGGCAGAACUAGCUCGCCUUCAGAUUGCUCUCUUUCUCCACUAUUUUGUGACUAAUUACAGGUGGACCCAAUUGAAGGAAGAUCGGAUGACCUUCUUCCCCUCGGCGAGGCUAGUCAAUGGAUUCCAAGUGCGCUUGAACAGGCGAAGUCAACUUUGAUUGAUUCGCCCAAGUGACCCCAAAAAUUGCUAGUGCUGUAAAUACAACUUAAUUUUCUGUUCUUUUUCCACAUUUACAGAAGUAGAAAUUUCACUGUUUGUGUUGUUCUCAAUUUCUCUCGCUGCUUUCGACAUUAAGAAGGAAGAAAGGGACGAGCCGAUGUGAAACCUUUUCAAUUAAGAGUCCCACGAAAUUUGUGACCGACGGGAAAUGCACGUAAUGAUACACUUCAAUGAUUUUGAAGUGCAAAAAUGAUUUUUUUUUUUUUUUAAUGUUACAUGGAUUUAGUUUUA